AUCCAAGAUCUUGAGUUUAGCCCUGCUCCAAGCAAAGCCAUGGCCUCCAAACAGAUGGUGCAUAUGAAUCAAGGACAAGGGAACACAAGCUAUGCUCGCAACUCCAGUUAUCAGAAUGCUGAGCAGAACAAGAUGAAGCCGAUGAUAGAAGCGGCCAUCAAUGACAUAUGUAGCAGGAAUAACACCUCAUUGCCCGGAAAGAUCCUGAUCGCAGAUUUGGGCUGCUCCUCUGGCCCAAACGCCCUAGCACUGGUAUCAGCUGCCGUCGAGGCCAUUCACAACCACUGCCUUCAGUUCCAGCAGAUACCACCGGAAGUAUGUGUGCUCCUCAACGACCUACCUAACAACGACUUCAACACAGUUGUGAAGAGCCUGGUCAUGCUCCGUCAUAGCAACAAGCCUGUUGUCGUGACAGGUGUCGCACCAGGGUCGUUUUAUGAACGUCUCUUCACUAGCGACUCCAUACAUCUUGUUUGCUCGUCCAACAGCUUGCAUUGGCUCUCAAAGGCCCCUGAAGAUCUAACCAGGAACCAGAUUCCGGCGUAUGACAUCGAUGAGCAUGCUAGGCGUGAUAGGCUCCCUGUGGUCCUUGAGGCUUAUGCAAAACAGUUCAGAAAAGAUUUCACACUUUUCCUAGAGCUGAGAGCCAAAGAAUUGGUCCAAGGAGGCCGAAUGGUUGUCUCUCUGAUAGGCAGGCGUUCUGAUGUAAUCGCCACCAGAUUCUCUUACCUUUCUGAAAUUGUAGCUCAGAUUCUAAGUGUCAUGGUUUCAGAGGGUGAUAUCGACAAAGCAAAAUUCGAUUCUUUCUAUGUGCCUGUAUAUUCACCUUCCAGCGAAGAGUUGAGGGAUAUCAUUCAAGGAGAGGGCUCCUUUUCUAUCACAGAGAUGCGGGUGCACGACCCUACAACCGAUAUGAAUAGUGCUCUCAGCACCCCAAGCAGGUUUGUGAAUCUUCUGAGAGCUUUAUUUGAGCCAAUAGUAGUCCAACAUUUUGGAGAUGUCAUGGAUGAAUUCGUGAGGACUGCGGAGCGCCGCUGGAGCCUUGAGGGCAGCUUGCAGGAGGAGCUUUCCAGAAGCCCUGCGGCUAUGUUGGUUGUAUCCCUCGCAGUGUUACGGUGA